AUGCCCCUUUACCGCCGAGAAAGUCAGAGCGUCGUCAACGUUGAAUGGGUGGCAUUUUUACAGGCCGCCAAAUCCGUUAUUGCAGGAAUAGCGUUAUUGCAGGAAAGCAGUACCGGAAAUACGUUCAGCAGGUUAGAUCAGUUGGAAAUCUUGAGUAAUCGAUUGGAGAGUAUGUGUUCCUCCUUCACGACGUUACUGGACAACUUAAACGCUGAUGAAGACACUUUAGGUUUGCUUACGGACAUUUUAGCCAGCCUAAUGUUAAUUCAGAGAGCGGUCUUUAGAGAGGUGGAAAGGAUUCAGUCGACUAAUGACGAUACAUCUUAUAGGUGUUCAACCCAUCGAACAAAUAGACCUGGCCGAUCAAAAUAUGACAUUACCAAAAACCAACUUGAAUUUUUGCGAAGCAAGCACUUUUCCUGGGUAAGCAUUGCCAAAUUGAUUCACGUGUCCACACGGACGUUAAGAAGGAGAAAAAUUGAACUUGGUAUUGAUGACAAUUUUUCUGCGAUUUCCGAAGAAGAGCUAACUCGUACGAUGGAAGACAUUAUUAAAAUUACCCCCAAUAUUGGUCAGAGUAGGAUGGUUGGUGCUCUCAGGGCAAGAGGGCUAAACAUACAGAGACAUAGGGUCAGGGAGUGCCUCAGGAGAAUUGAUCCAGUCGGCACAGCUCUUAGAUGGAAUCCGAGAAUUUACAGACGUAAGUAUCAGGUUCCGCACCCAAACGCAUAG